UAGACUAGUCUUCUAACAGCCCACCUAUUUACAUAAAAAUAAACUUUCGUCGACACACCAACACUUUUACCUCGUAUUCUUAAUACUUAGGCAACAACUUUGUCAUCCCUACAAUCUUUUCAAUAUCAGCCCAGCAACACCCUGAAUCGUUCUAAUGGCAUAUGUAGACCAAGCUUUCUCUAUAACCGACGAUGAUUUGAUGAUGGAUGACCACUCCUUCUCGUAUACCGCCACUAAUCGGCCUCCUAUCAAAGAAAUCGCUUUUGCCGUUUCUCUCCUCGUUUUCGGAAUUCUUGUCAUCGUAUCCGGUUUCUUUAUGUCGACUUACCAAGUCGGAGGUGAUCAUGCUCACGGAGUGUUCUUUUCUAUACUGGGUUCAAUUAUGUUCAUCCCAGGGUGUUACUAUACUUGGGUAGCAUACUCUGCUUACAAGGGUUACAAACGUUUCUCAUCCUCUGAUAAUCUCCCGGUUUGAUAUUUGUACGAUCCCUGUACUAUUGAAAUUAACCAUUUUGUCCAUGAUUUUAGCUGCUUCUUGUAAAUACAAAUAUUGUGUAGACCCUAAUUACUCUUUUCUUGUGUUUUCCAACAAUAUUUUCUUUGAUUUUGCUUAUGUCCUAGUAUAUAUUUUAAAUUCUUUCAA